AUGGUCGAUCGCACGGCCUACCCAGAUGGGAAGGUCCCUGAGCUGGCAGUUCGCCAGAUCUUUGGGCGCCAAAAGCUGCCAUCAAACAUGUGCUUGCUCAUGGCCGAGAUCGGCAUGGUGUCUGUAGAGCGCGUUGCCAUGCUCGGCGACAACAUUGCCACGGUCAAGACGACGCUCAAGACGCUCGUUGCGGAUGAGAACAAGUUCGGGGCGUCUCCCCCCGAACGCGAGCUCUCCCUGACGAUGCUCGCGGCUGUGUGGCGUUCGUCCUCCACUUUGCAAGAUCAUGUAGCCACUAGGCGCUCCAAGAUGGAAGAAGAUCCUAACAAGAUUCCUGAAAUCCCAGGGGAGGAUCACGCCGAGUUCAGGGAAAUCUUCGUGCAGGCUCACCCGGACGUGAUCCUGAACUACCACAAAGAGCCUCACCAAAAGCUCGUGGAAAAGCUCUACCGUGAUUACGUAGUUCAUGGAGCCGUCUCGUUCUAUGAAGUCGCGGAGAUGCGCACAAGGGCCGAUCGGCUCGUGCAGACUGGCGGCCUCACCAAGACGGCUGACGACCUGAUCAAGGUCGUCCAGAUGGAUUCGAAAUGUUCCGUGGCGUCUGAGAGCCAAGUCCUGGAUCGGCUUCACGCCUUCUUCGUGGUGCUCGAGUACCUCAACAUCUGUGAGUUCUCGCACAAGGCCGGGCCACUUAAGUACCUCGCCGAGCUCGAAGAGUGGCGACAUGACAAUCGCGGUCUGGCUCUCCUGCUCUCGGUGGACACGCUCAUUCGCAAGAAAGUAUUUAAACUUAACCAUGAUCGAAGGCGUGAUUUCCCUUCUUUUUCGGCGGCACUUCUGGAGGUCCUGCAGAACCACAAGCAGCUCUGGAAUGAUGCGCGGUCGUCUGCCGAGAUCGACAAGUUUCGACCCCCAAGAAGAGAGGCCAAAGCGGAGCUCUCUCCCAAACAAAAGAAGAACCGGGCUCGGCGCGAGAAGCAGCGCGCGCUUCUGAAAGCCGCCAAGGAGCUCAACAACAACAAGAAGAAAGACAAAGAUCGCGAAACACGCGGAGAAGUGCCGAAGAUCGCGCGGGAUGCUCGAAUCCCCGAGAAAGAAUGGUCCAAGAUCAUGAGCUUCAAGUACUCUGGCAAGAAGCGGUGCCCUUGGUUCAACUGCUCUCUUGGGUGCCGCUUCGGUGAUCAGUGCCGGGAUCUGCACACAUGUGCUCGGAUAGCGGGGAAACCUUGCAAGCCUCCUGAUCAGUGGCUCACGUGGGAUGACGUGCCCAUGGAUCCAGUGGAGGUCGCACGACAAGGACCUUUCUUUCUCGAGAUCUUCGCAGGCGAAGGGGGAAUCACACGUCAUCUUCGUGCUCUACACGUGCCCGUUCUCCCGCCUGUGGAUGUGGUCCAAAGUGGAGAAGUCGCGCAAGCUCGUGAUGUCCUUGAUGCUCAAUUUUGGGAUCGCAUUUUGGCGCUUGCCCGGGCAGGGGCCAUCAUGUUCGUCCACCUGGGCACACCCUGCAGCUCUUUCAGCAUCGCUCGCGAACUUCCGGAAGGCCCCCCGCCAGUUCGGUCUUCGGAUGUGCCGAUGGGCUUCCCCGAUCUCCCACCGCAUUUACAAGCUGUACGAGAUCUAGGCAAUUUGCUGCUCGGGCGCUCAAUCGAGAUCGCGGAGAUAGUCCUUGCUGCAGGAGGCGAUUUCUCGCUCGAGAACCCGCUCUCCAGCAUUUUAUGGGUCACACCUGUGGUCUUGAGUUUGCGGCAGCGCCACCGGCUCUUCGACGUCGAUGUGGAUCAGUGCGCCUUUGGUGCGAGAUCUCGCAAGCCCACGCGCUUCCUGGUCUCCUCCCAAAUUUGCACGCAAUGGGCUCGCGCUUGUCCAGGGGGACACGGUCACCUCCGCCUUCGGGGCGCUGUUCGUGAUGUUCAAGGCCGGGUCUGCUUCGUCACAAAGGCUGCGCAAGUCUACCCCGAGGCGCUCUGUGCAACCAUUGCUGGCACGAUCCAAGAAAUACUUUCGGGCGAUUGCCCGUGGUUCCAGGCAACCUACGCGCUCAAAGAUGAUGCGCCCCGUAAGAGGCCGCUAGGAGACGUUCGUCUCUGGAGAGGCCAUCGACAGGCUGAGGGCGCUCGUCUCGCACAGUUCGCCGGCUACCAGCUCAAACGGGGCGCCGUCAAACCGCUCUUGGACACGGAGGUCGAACCGGGGGUGGCGAUGCAAUGGACCAUGAAGAUCCUCCACCCGUUCACUGUGCCAACUGAACUCCCGGAACCAUUGCCUGUGAUCAUCAAGGUCAUGGCACAGUUCCCACGGCAGUUGGCCAGCCGCCGAGAGCUCAAAUUAGCAUGGUGGGGAAAGCGCGCGCUGGAGCUCAUGCCUGCUUCGCUCCAGCGGAUUGCCGCGGUUUCCGAUCGGGCUCUUCGUCGCCUUUUGCGAGGAGUUCCGGAAAACCAUCUUCCGCAACUGGGGCAGUUCUGCCACAUUUGUCUGUUCGAGGAAUUGCUCAAGGCAGCAGGUUCCGCGGAUCACGAGCUGCCCCGCUUCUUGCUCUACGGCUUUCCCAUCGUGGGUCCCAUCUCCAGGUCCAAUCGAUGGCCGAAGUAUGUCAAGCCGCAAGCUGUUCGUCCUAUCUCUGAGGCACUCGACAGGGCCUGGGAUCUGCGAAGGAUGGUCGUUAAUAGGGUCGGUGGGGUUCCGGUUUCUGAUGCUCUAAGGAAAAUUUGGGAAGGAACUCUCGACGAUGUGGCUGACGGUUCUUGUGUGGGGCCGUUCGACUCCGAGGACGCCGUCUCCCGGUUCGUUGGUGCUGAUGACUGGAUCCCUACGCAAAGAUUCGAGGUCAUUCAGAAGGAUAAGGUCAGGGGUUGCGAUAGUGCUACCUCCAACAUGAUCAACAAGAUCACGGAGAUCACGGAAAAGCUCCAGCUGCCUUCCACGGAUCUGAACGUUGCUGCUUUGAAGGAACUCAAGAUGGCAUUGGGCGAUCGAGCUCUCUCAGGAUGGGUUCUCGAUGAGAAGAAGGCCUAUCGGCAAGUCCCGAUCGCCCCCACACAUCGCAAGUUCAGCGUGAUCGCCAUGAAGGAUCCAGCGGACGGUCGCCCCAAGUUCUUUGUCAUGAUCGGGCAUUCGUUUGGCCUGGUGUCGGCGGUCUACAACUAUAACCGCCGUUCGGCGGCCAUCAACGAGAUCCUCACGAAGGUCUUUGAGAUCCUUGCCUUCAACUUCUACGACGACAAGUACGGGUUCGAUGAGGUUGACAGAGUGGACGAGGCCCACCGGAUCGCGAUCGCGGUGCACUGGUGGUUGGGCGCUCGCUUCGAUUCCAAGAAGCUUCAGUGCUCGUCGUCCCCGACGAUCUUGGGAGUGACAUACAAUCUCAAAGAUAUGAUCUUGGAGAUCAAGGAUGAUCGCAAGCAGGAGCUGGCAGCGGCGAUCGAGGAGAUCCUGGAGAAGGGCUCGCUAGAUCCGGGCUCGGCUGGAAAGCUGAAAGGCAAGCUCAUGUUCGGUUCUAGCCAACUCUGGGGAAAGAUUGGGCGUGCUUUCUUCAGGCCUAUCUCGGAGAGGCAGUACAUGAAGGAUCGGGCCGACGAUCGAAUGUUGCUGAACUCUGCGCUUAGGCGAUCGCUGACUCAGUGGAAGUUCCUGAUCGAGCAUGGGCCUCCUCGGCCGAUUCCCCUAAGGGCUCCGAAGAAGUGUGACGUCGUGAUCUUCACCGAUGGCUUCACACCGGAUAUGAGGAAAAGUGAGCGGGGCCCAGAUCGGGUCGGCGCAGUAAUGUUGGAUCGUCGCCUGCUGCACCCUGUACAGUUCACAGAGACGAUACCGAAACGGGUCUCUCGAGCAUGGAUCCCAAGGACGACCCAGAUCGUGCCGAUCGAAAUGAUCGCACCGGUGCUGGCUCUCGAAACGUUCAAGGAGAGCGUGAGGGAUCGAGAUGUGUUGCUUUUGAUCGAUUCUGAGCCGGUUGAGGCUGCGCUCGUGAAGGGCUACUCCGCGAAGGAGGAUCUUUCCUCUUUGAUUGAGGUGUUCUGGAACUUGGCUCUCGAGCUACGAGCCAACAUUUUCAUUGAUCGGAUUUCGUCGGAUUCAAACCCGGCCGAUUGGCCAUCUCGUGAUCUGAUGUCGCUCGGCGAAGCUGUCGGCUGGAUCACGGUGAAUUGUUCAUGGCCGGGCCGUCUCGCUGACAGCAAUUGA